GGGCCCUCGAGCGAGCGCGCCCCGCCGGACCCUGCCGCGCUCUGGCCCCCGCCAUGCUCCUGCUGCUGGGGCUGUGCCUGGGGCUGCCGCUCUGCGCGGGGUCGCCGGAGGAGGCUCGGCCCCGGGGUGACACUUCGGAGCAAGUUGCUCUCAGGGAGCCAAGGCAGGUCAGACUGUUGCAGAGGCUGAAAACCAAACCCUUAAUGACAGAAUUCUGGGUGAAGUCCACCAUCAUUUCCCGUUACGCCUUCACUACGGUCUCCUGUAGAAUGCUGAAUAGAGCUUCUGAGGACCAGGAAAUUGAGUUUCAGAUGCAGAUUCCAGCUGCGGCUUUCGUCACCAACUUCACCAUGCUCAUCGGAAGCAAGGUGUAUCAGGGAGAAAUUAUAGAGAGAGAUAAGAAAGGUGGUGAUAAGGUCAAAGAGAAAAGGAACAAAACCUCUGAAGACGACGGGGAGAAGGGGACAGAAACAUUCAGAGCCUCUGUCGUGAUUCCCGGCAAGGACAAGGCUGCCUUCAUCCUCAGUUACGAAGAGCUCUUGCAGAGGCGGCUGGGGAAGUACGAGCACGUCAUUAGCGUGCGGCCCCAGCAGCUGGUGGGGAGGCUCACGGUGGAAGUGAAUAUUCUGGAGAGGUCUGGCAUCACGGCGCUGGAGGUGCUGCAGUUACAGCACAGUAGGCAGAAGGGCAGCGUCAGGGGGGAAGAUGAUUCUGGGCCGCCCCCUUCUACUGUUAUCAACCAAAACGACACUUUUGCCAAAAUUCUGUUUAAGCCUACCGUGGUACAACAAGCCAAGAUCGCCCAGAAUGGCAUUUUGGGAGAUUUCAUCGUUAGGUACGAUGUCAACAGGGAGCAGAGCAUUGGGGACAUCCAGGUUCUAAAUGGCUAUUUUGUGCACUACUUUGCCCCCGAAGACCUGCCUCCUUUGCCCAAGAACGUGGUGUUUGUGCUUGACAGCAGUGCCUCCAUGGUGGGAACCAAACUCCGGCAGACCAAGGAUGCCCUGUUCACGAUUCUCCACGACCUCCGGCCCCAGGAUCACUUCAACAUCAUCGGCUUUUCCAACCGCAUCAAAGUGUGGCAGGACCAUCUGGUGUCAGUUACUCCCGACAACGUCAGAGACGGCAAAGUCUAUAUCCACCACAUGUCGCCCAGCGGAGGCACGGACAUCAACGGGGCGCUGCAGAGGGCCAUCAGGCUGCUCAAUGACUACGUGGCCCGCAACGACGUGGGAGAUCGCAGCGUGUCCCUCAUCAUCUUCCUGACUGAUGGGAAACCCACCGUCGGGGAGACCCACACCCUCAAGAUUCUCAACAACACCAGGGAGGCCGCCCGGGGCCACAUCUGCAUCUUCACCAUCGGCAUCGGGAACGACGUGGACAUCAGGCUGCUGGAGAAGCUGUCGCUGGAGAACUGUGGCCUCACGCGGCACGUGCUGGAAGACGAUGACGCGGGCUCGCAGCUCAUCGGGUUCUACGACGAGAUCCGGACCCCUCUGCUGUCCGACAUCCGCGUCGACUACCCCCCCGCCGCCGUGGAGCGCGUCACCGGGACGCUGUUCCCCAACUACUUCAACGGCUCGGAGAUCGUCGUCGCGGGGCAGCUGGCGCGGCGCGCGGAGCGGCUGCGCGUGGAGGUGACGGCCAGCAACGGCGCGGAGCCCGUCGUGCUGCGGGCGGACGUGCGGCUGCGGGCCCCGGGCGCGGGCGCGGGCGGCGCCCCCAACCCCGUGCAGCGGCUCUGGAGCUACCUGAGCACCCGGCAGCUGCUGGGCGCCUGGCGGCGCAGCCGCGACGAGCGCGAGCGCGAGCAGCUGGGAAGGCGCGCGCAGGCCCUGGCCGUGGCCGCGCGCUUCCUCACGCCGCUCACCGCCAUGCGCCUGAGGACGCCGGCGCCGCGCGCGGGCCCCGAGCCCGUGAUGCAGAGUCUCCGAGGCGCCGGCCCGCAGCCAGGACCUGCUCUCAAGAAACCAUACAACCCAAGAAUUAAAGUCUCCAAAACCUCAGUGGAUGGAGACCCCCAUUUCGUCGUGGACUUCCCCCUGCGCAACCUCACCGUCUGCUUCAACAUCGACGGGCGGCCGGGGGACAUCGUCAGGCUCAUCUCUGACCACGCGGAUUCUGGCGUGACCGUGAACGGAGAGCUGAUCGGGGCGCCGGCGCCCCCCGGCGGCCACAAGAAGCAGCGCACCUACUUCCGCACCAUCACCAUCCUGGCCAACAAGCCGGAGCGGUCAUACCUGGAGAUCACGCCGCGCAGAGUCAUCCUGGACGGCGGGGACAGGCUGGUCCUCCCCUGCAACCAGAGCGCGGAGGCGGGGAGCCGCGGGCUGCAGGUGUCUGUGUCCGCCAACGCCAACGUCACCGUCACCAUCCAGGGCACCGUCGCCUUCGUCGUCCUCAUUCACCUGUACAAGAGGCCGGCCGCCUACCAGCGGGACCACCUUGGCUUCUACAUCGCCAACAGCGAAGGCCUAUCUGGGAGCUGCCACGGGCUGUUAGGCCAGUUCCUGAACCAGGAUGCCACGCUCACCCAGGAGCCCUCCGGGCUCGGCGAGGGGCCCGUGCACGUCCUGCAGGUGAGAGGACACCGGGUCCCCGUGGUCUGGAAACAGAGGAGCAUCUACAACGGGGAGGAGCAGGUGCGCUGCUGGCUGGCCCGCAACAGCGCGGCCGAGCUCAUCGACGGCCGGUACCAGGACUACCUGGCCACCCAUCCGUUUGACACGGCGACCGCGUUCGGCCCGGGGCCGUCCGGGGGCUCUGACGCCGCAGCCUGAGCGGAGGCGUGUGUGCGGGGACGCGCCUGGCCUCCUGACAGUUGACGGCUCCCCGGGACCCACCCCUGCUGCCGGGUAGGCCCCGGGUCAGCCUGAGUGAAGGGUGGGGUCAGGGCGCUGCAGCGAUGGCAGCAUGUCCCUCUGCGUCCUGCCCUCCCCCUCCGCGAUAGAGACGGUAACCGAGGACUAAGGCCCCCCUGCGACGCGGAAGUCUGCGCCUCGUCCCUCAGCCUGCGGUGCGUGCGCUGGGCCGGCCGGCUUGUCCCUCUCGCGGCCUGUCGUGAGGUCGCUGGGGAAGGAACGCGGCCACGGCGCUGCUUCCCCUGUGGGAAGGGCCGCGCUGGGCACUCUGCUGUGCGCCCUUCGCCAACGCUUGGGCGUCUCCCCGGCCCCAGGCCCCCACCGGGUGGCCACCCUCUGCCCCCGGGGGCCCUCUCGCGGGGCCAGGACCCAGUCAUGCGCUUAGCUCGUAGGUCUGGUCGUUGUAGACAAUUCAGGCUUUUCUUAGGAGAGGGCUUCCUUCUGCUGUGAUGUCUUUCUUGCCUUUGGAAAUGAGUUUUCAUUAAAAAAAAAAAUGGUUGAAAAUCGAA